AUGUCCUCCAGAAUCCUUCUUCUCGCCUUGGCAAUUGCUACUCUAGUGGUUCCCCUGGAAGCUCAAACGGAUGUGCUUGUAUAUCCUAAUGCGUCCUAUGCAGGCAGUGCAUUGACCCUCCCAUCGUUCCAGUACUACUCCCCGCCCAACACCCAGGACUACACUCUUGGAUCUGUUCGUGUGCCAAACAGUAUUGCAGCGCUUUUCUACCAAAACCAAGAUUGGGGGGUAGCUGCUGCUUUUUACGAAGAUGUUGCAAGUGUCAAUAUAUCCACUGCGAAUUUGACAAGUAUCACCGAUUGGAAUGCUUUGGUAGUCAGCUUGGCACCUGCUCGUGUCCAUCCAAUUUUCGAGGAAGUGCUUGUGAAGAAUGUAGUCCAGGUUACUACGGUCCAACUUGCCAGCCAUGUCCGUCUUGUGGAAACGGAUUCUGCAAUGACGGUAUCCACGGGAAUGGUACAUGCACUUGUAAUGAGGGCUGGCAAAAUGGCGGUGGUACUUGCGAUACGUGCGCUACCGGGUAUUAUUCAAAUUCGACCGCCUCGUGUAUCGGUUGUGGUGGCAGAGGAGAAUGCACAACGACCGGAAGCUCCGCUGGAACUUGUACUUGCCAAUGGGGAUACAAAACAGGCAGCGAUGGGAUUACCUGCGGAUCAUGCGCCGAUAGUUUUUACAAGGACAGCAAUGGGCAAUGCGUUGGUAAGGGUUACAUCCCGCAUUCUCCUUUAG